AUGACUAUAGAAUCACUAGAUUCAAGGAGUGUAGACACCUUCAAGGAAAAUAUAAGCGUCUUGGGCUGCCUCGCUCAGGUGUACUUUUUUAUGAUUUUUGUUGGAAUGGAUAAUCUCCUCCUGACUGUGAUGGCCUACGACCGGUUCGUGGCCAUCUGCCACCCCCUGCACUACAUGGUCAUCAUGAGCCCCUGGCUCUGUGGCCUCCUGGUUCUCAUGUGCUGGCUCAUCAAUUUCUGGGUUUCCCUGCUUCUUAUUCUUCUGAUUGCACAGCUGACAUUCUGUACAGACACUGAGAUCCCACAUUUCUUCUGUGAGCUGGCUCAAACUGUAAAAGUAGCCUGCUCUGACACCCUCAUAGUUAACAUCUGUUUGUACGUGUCUACUGCCAUAUUGGGGGUGUUUCCUGCUGCUGGAAUCCUCUGCUCUUACUCUCAGAUCGCCGCCUCCUUAGUGAAGAUGUCCUCCUCCACCAGCAAGCACAGAGCCUUCUCCACCUGCGGGUCCCACCUCUGUGUGGUCUCCCUGUUCUACGGGACCGGCCUGGGCGUCUACCUCAGUUCCGCUGCGACCCAGUCUUCAGAGGAAAGUUCGGUUGCCUCAGUGAUGUACACGGUGGUCACCCCCAUGCUGAACCCCUUCAUCUACAGCCUGAGGAACAAGGAUGUGAAGGGGGCCCUGGGAAAGCUGUUCAGGACAGUAGCCUCUUGUCCAUUACCAGAAAGGCUCAAAUCCAUCAUCAUCAUCAUCAUCAUCAUCCUCGUCAUGGUCAUCGUCAUCGUUGUCGUUGUCAUCGUCAUUAUCAUCAUCAUAUCUCUGUUUCUCUGUCUGUUAUACUUUGAACUUGCUGAAGCAAUGUCUUUGCAAUGA